UGAACAAGUGACAAAAACUAUCACGCCGUUUUAAUACUUUAUUAAAUAACUACUUGCCGUUUUGCAACUUAGCCAAACAGCGGCACAAUAAACGUUAUUACGUCAAAACGCCCAAGCUUAGAAGAUUGGAUGCCUUGUACUACAAUUACAUCAACGAAUCUUUAGACAACAGCCUUUUUGCUUUGCUUGUUUAUUGCGCGACUCAACGAAUUAACCCAAACAGAGUCAAUCAAACACCUCUUGUUUCCACCAAUGGCAUCAUAUGUCAGGUUCUGCAUCACAAUCUUUUUCUGCUUCUUCUUAUCUCUGUCUUCAAGCCAGAAAGUCACCUUGAGUCUCUACUACGAAGCUCUAUGCCCCUUCUGUGCAGAUUUCAUUGUUAACCACUUGCCUCAGAUCUUCCAAAACGGCUUAAUCUCAUCCAUUGAUCUCCACCUCGUUCCAUGGGGCAACACCCUUUUCAAACCAGAUGGCACCAUUCUCUGCCAGCACGGGGAAGCUGAGUGUGCGCUCACUGCAAUUCAUGCCUGCGCAAUUGACGCAUACCCUGAUGUUAUGAAGCAUGUUGGCUACAUCUACUGUACGGAACGACUGGUCUUGGAAAACAAGCUCGAACAAUGGGCUGAUUGUUUUGAAUUGGUUGGUUUGAGCAGAGCAGCCCUUGACUGCUACAUCAGUGGGUACGGACACCAGCUUGAACUGAAGUAUGCUGACGAAACCUCAGAGCUUAAUCCAGCACAUACAUUUGUGCCAUGGGUGGUUGUGAACAACCAACCACUUCAAGAGAACUACCAGAACUUUGUAAUGUAUGUAUGCAAUGCUUAUGGAAGCAACCAGUUGCCAGAAGCGUGCAGGAACCUCAACCAUUCGGUGGAGACACAAAGCACAUUUAAUAGUUCAGUAGAGAAGCUAAGUUAUAGUCACCAAGUUUGCUAUGCCAGUCAAUAACAUUUUGAAUCCGAAAACUAUGGAAUCUCUAUCUAGGACAAUGAAAUGUAUGUGAGAUUUUACCCUUCAAAAAUAUGCUCCACUAGAAUUUUCUUCUACAACAUUGUAACUGAUUUGCAAAAAUCUGCACUACAACAUUAUAAUAUACAAAAUACCACAAUGUUUUGUAAGAAA